AUGAACAGCUCAUCGUCAUCCGAGUACCAGGCAUAUGCCAUGCCUUCCGGCUUCUCAUCCAUGACAGCCGGCAACACGCCCUACGACAUCAUCUCGGCACACUUUGCUUCACGUCUUGCGUCCAACGAGAACGGCUACUGCACACCGUCAUUACUCUGGUCAGGCCCGCCGAGCCCGACCUCAAGCAUAGACACCAGCAAGGGAGGCGACUCUCAUGACGACGGGAACUCCACCACCAGCGCGUCAGAGGACCCCUCGCAGUCGGCCCAGAAGGGCAGGCGGGCCAACAGAUACAAGAACUGCAGCGAGACGGUGCUUUCGAAGCGCCGCGCCCAGAACCGCGCCAACCAGCGCGCCUACCGGAAGCGCAAGGAGCAGCGUCUCGAGGAGCUCCAGCAGCAGCUCGACGACAUGAGCCAGAAGAACGACGCCCUCUGCUGCGCCUACAGGCUCCUGGCCAGCGAGUGCAGCCGUCUCCGGGCGAACCAGAUGCCCGUCGGCCAGCCGGGAGCCCCCUGGGACCUCAACGGGUCUGGUAACCUGGCCUUGGACAUGGCCGCCCUGAACACCUACCGCGUCGGGCCCAUGACGGCGUCGAGUCCCGUUCCCGAGUCAUAUCUUGAGUUUCCCGGGAGCCCCGACAAGAUGUGGAACCCCUUUUCGUCGUGA